AAUAUUAUACUUGGCAUUAUUAGUCAGUUAAAGCCUGGAAUGGACCUUUCAAAGAUAACUUUACCUACGUUUGUUCUUGAGCCAAAAAGUAUGCUUGAACGGAUUACAAAUUUUAUGUGUCAUCCAGAGCUUCUUUUAGAUAUUCCUUUCAUUGAUGAUCCUAUUGAGCGUUUUAUUGGAAUUUGUAGAUUUUAUCUUAGUGGAUGGCAUAUUCGGCCAAGAUCAGUUAAAAAGCCAUUAAAUCCUAUUCUUGGUGAACAUUUUACUUGCAAAUGGGAAUUCCCAGACAAAUCUGAGGCCUUAUAUAUUGCGGAACAAGUCAGCCAUCAUCCACCUAUUUCUGCAUAUUUUUAUAUGAGCCCUGAAAACAAUGUUAGAAUAGAUGGAGUUUUGAAGCCUAGAUCUAAAUUUUUGGGAAAUAGUGCAGGAACAAUUAUGGAAGGAAAAGCCAUUUUGACAUUUAUUAAUAGGAACGAGGAAUAUAUUCUUACACAACCAAAUAUGUAUGCAAGAGGGAUAUUAUUUGGGCGAUUAAGGUUUGAACUUGGUGACCAUAGUUAUAUUAAAUGUAAUAAAAAUGAUCUUAUUGCUGAUAUCGAAUUUAAAACAAAAGGAUUUUUAUCAGGAACUUACAAUGUAAUAUUAGGAAAAAUCAAAUAUGAAAGUAAUGGAGAAGUUUUAUAUGAAAUUUCGGGAAAAUGGGAUGAGGAAAUGACCAUUAAAAAUGUUAAGACUGGAAAGAGAGUAGUAUUAUUUGACGCUACAAAUUCUACAUAUACCCAACCAAUUGUUAGACCGGAAUAUGAGCAAGAAGAUCGUGAAUCCCGAAAAUUAUGGAGCAAAGUUAUUGAUGCAAUUAUUCGUAAUGAUCAAGAUACUGCAACAGAAGCUAAAUCUGCUAUUGAGGAUCUUCAACGUGAAGAACAGAGAUUGCGUGAAGCUAAAGGUGAGAAAUGGAUUCCGAGAUUUUUUGAAAAAACAGAAACAAAUGAUUAUAUUUUGAAGACAAAAAUAAAUUGGACAACACCUGAAGAUAUUAAAAAGCAAAUUGAGAAUAUUAUUACAAUAUCUGAAAAAAGAAAACCUUCAAAUGAUUGUAACGAAUCUUUUGAAUCUGAUAAAGUAUUUCAUACUUCACAGAUGAAAGUAUCAUCUCCGUCAUCUUUUUUUACUCAAAAAGUCUCUGAUGAUGAUGAUUUUCAUGAUGCUAUAGACUGUCUUUCUAUUAUUAAUACUAAUUUAUAGGAUGUUAAUACAUAUAUAUUUAAUUUAUAUAUUAUUAAAAGUGAA